UCCUCCUCCCACACAAUGGCCUCCGGAACCACGCUUAUGAAGAUCAUCACCUUCGAUCCGGCGAUGGCGGCCUCCGCUACCCCGAACCCUACGACUGUGGCUGCCCUCUCCAUCCUCGGCAUGCCGGUGACCACGGAUCGGAAGCCCAGGUGGAGCACCUUCACCCAGAUCGAGAGCCAACCGAGACCAAUAGUUGCGUCGAUCGGACGCGGCGAGGUGGAUCAACUCGACCAGAUCAACAGCAACAGCGCAUCCAAACCGUCCACCACUGAGGAUGAUUGCAAAGCACAGCCAAAAAGAAUGGGCAGGUCGCGAGGUCUGAUCGGCGAGAAGACUGACGGAUCACGGCGUCGCAUUAACGACCAACGGCCGCGCGGGCCAACCCCGAACGUUCACGGGUACGGGUUACGGAGUCGACGUUUGCGAGACUCGAUAAGUACGAGGCCAACCCCAAACCAAGCGGUGAACAGUUGGGAUGCAAGCGACGAAGAGGACCGUAGUUGUGCUUCGGACAAGAUCUCGCGAGACCUCUGGUGAUAGAUCUGCUU